UAACAUUUGCUUGCCCUGCCGGCUAAUGAGGAUCCCUUGGAACGACAAAAGAUCGAGUUCCUCUACGAAUGGGGGAUCGAUUUAACGACAACGCCAAAACCAAUGCCAACACCAAUACCAUUAACAAAAGCUAAAAAUCCACCGCCACUGCCACUCAACAUUAAAUCCAUCAACCAUCCAUCGCAACACCAUCAACAUCAGCAUCAUCAGCAGCAUCAGCCACCAGCGUCGGCGAUGACGGCGCCGACACAACGCACAUCGGCGACGGCCCAUCAGCAACACGUUGACGCGACAACAACACCAACAGCAACAAGAACACACACACAUGUGCCACAAAUCACACAACAAGCGUCAAUGGGAGCGACGACACAGGCGACGAGCGCCAAGCACACAAGGAGCCCAACGCAACAACAACAACAACAACAACACCAACCGCACCAAUUACACCACCAACGUACAACGCCAACAUCAGCCACAACAACACCAACCAAAAGCAGCACACAACACCAGCAACCGCAACCACAACAUAAAAGACUGACACCAGCUGAAUAUGCGCGAGCGGGCGGCGCCAUAACAACAACAACAACAACGCCAACAACAUCAGCGCCGACGUCGCGGGAACACACACCAACACGCAGCUCACAAUCGCAGUCGCAAUCGCAACACCAUCAUCAACUACAGCGACAAGCAUCAACCACACAACGCCAUCAGCAACAGCAACAACAACAACAACAACAACAAAAAUCACAACAUUCACAACACGAACAGAGGCGCGAACUCGAUCGCAAGGGCUCGCAACGUGAACGUGAUCGCACGAAAGAGCGCGAACACGAACGUCAGCGGGGCUCUGUGCGCGAAGAUGAACGCGAGCGUGAACGUGAGCGAGCACGCGCAUUGGAACAUGAGCGCGAGCGUGACUAUGCUUAUGAGCGUUCGCGUGAUUAUCAGCGCGAGCGCGAGCUAGAGUAUGCACGUGAGCGAGAGUAUGCAGCACGCGAACGCGAAUAUGAGCGUGAGCACUCACAUGGCGCACGCCACAGCGAUUAUGCACGCGAGCGAGAGCGCGACUCCGAACUUCGUGAACACCCACCGCCGCCGCUACCAUCAGCAUCCGCAUCAUCAGCGCACUCACAUCUACUACAACACCAACACCACCGCCAACAACACGAACACCACGAACAACCACAUUACAAUAAAACAAAUUAUAAUUCCGUUUACCAGUAAAAAAAUUUUACGAAAUACGAAUUUGAGAAAUUUUUGCUAACGAAAUUUACCACCAACUACAAUGAAAACAACAACAAUUGCUUGAAAUAUUAAAUAUCUGACGCUCAAUAGCAACAACAACAAUAGCAACAUGGUACAAAACACACUCAGCAUGAAUAGAAUUUUGCUGAAAUUUUGAUAACGUGAAAAAGUUAGCAAAACAGAUGGAUAUAGAAAAUGCAUGAAAUUCGAAGAAAAGAGCAAAUUAUAUUUGAAUUGUGCAAUUGUGUAACUAUCCCGCGUAAAUAAUAGAAAACACUUAGCAAAUGCCCGACAGCAAUAGCCCAAAUAAGUACGCCCACUCUAGCAAGAACUCCUAUAGAUUCCCACCAACAACAAGAACCAUAACUAAAACAACAAUUAUCUGCAUAGCGCCGCCGUUCGUUUCACUUCAAUGCUCCUCACAUUCUAUUGCCACCGCUUUAAAGUUUUAUGCCUUACGCUCUCAUAGAAUCGCUUAAAAUUUCAAUUCCUCAUAGAAGAAAAAAGAAUAAAAAGCUAAAAAAAAAUAUGUUUUGUGUGCUAAAACGGUUAUAAUUUUUAGCUUUUGUACACUGACACGCAAAAUUGUAUUGUUUUGCAAUUUUCAACUCACUCACUCAUACAAGCCACACACACACACAGAGGUACUCAAAAUACUUUAAUAUAUAUACAUUGUAAGGCUCUUUCUGCUUCAGACCUUGAGCUACAUACAUAGAUGUUUGUUGUAGUGUUUUAUUUCGUACUUUUGCUAAAACUGCUUCAAAUGUUUCAUACAUGCACACAGUCGCUGGGUAUAUUUAAAAUAUAUAUACAUAUAUAUUUAUAUAUUUUAGUUUUUCCCCUUUUUAACCUCAAAGUAUAUUAAAUAUCCCAAUUGAAUUGUAAACUCCAAAAAACUAAGGUUUGUAUUCUAGUUUAUCGCAAUUUGGGAUUUUUAGUCAAAUUAUUAUUUUUUCUAUCCUUUUUUAUAUUUUUACGAAUAAAACCUGCAAGUGAAGAAGAACAGGCAAGCGAAAACGAGGAGGAUUUGAAAAAUAUAUGAAGGACAAUUCAAAACUUCUUCCGAUUCCCUGGCUUGCAAUUGCCACUGGUUCGCAAAAGAUUUAAAUAGUGAAUUGUUUAUGGUGAUUAAUAUAUGUAAUUUGCUAGAAAAAUAAGGAUUUUAUUAUCAUUUAGCGGAAUUGUCGAUGCUUAGUCAACCAAGGGAUAAUCCUCUUUUAAUUUGUUCUUAUUUUUUCUCUCGAGUGGGAAAAUGUUUAAAAGUUUUUCUUGCUCGAUAUUUUCUGAUGUAUCAUUAGGACCUCCAGUGUUCUUUGGUCGUAAAGGGUUAAUGCAUUUUUAGUUUUCCUGUCGUGUAAGCAAAUAUAUAAAAAAUGUUGUUUGCUGUUUGAAGGCGAAAAGAUAAAUUUUGCUUUUGGAGUGUCAGUGGGCAUUGGUCGUCGAAGUGUUAAAUAUUUUGUUACUUUUCUCUACAUUUUUCUUUCGGCUAUAAAAUUCGAAAGGAAUUGCUUUUAGCUGCUUGAUAUUUACUGAUAAUAAAAAAGUAGUUUAACCCUUUCGAAAAUCCCUGGUCAUUUGUCAAUUAUACAUAUAUUUAGAAAAAUUUUCAAAAUUUUUUUUAGAACAUUUCCAGUCGUUGGUUGUUAGGGGGUUCGAGAAUUUUUAAAUUUUUCUGGAUUUUUAUUUUUUAUGAAUUUAUUUUUCCUAAUUCAUUAAGAGAAAAGGAUCAACCCUUUGAGGCAUCGCCAUAAAGCCAAGUCGUUGUUUUACUUUUCUGUGAAAUUUGAGAAAACUUGCAAGAAAAACAGGUAAACUAACCCUUUAACCCACUUGUUAAUUUCGGUCAUCAAAUGGUUAACUAUUUUUAAGCGCUUUCUUAAUUUUUUACCGAUUGAGAAAAUAUAAGAAAUAGAAAUUUAAAAAAAUAUUUAAUUAGUUUCUAUAGAAUCUUGAAAUGGCACUUGGUCAUUAAAGUGUUAAUUUGUUUUAACUUUUUUAUUGUUGUUUUUAUUGUUACAUAUUAUAUUUUUAGUUUUUACUUCUUUCCUUAAUUUGUUUGUCUAGAACGAAAGAAACCUAAAUAUACAAACUUUUGAAUCAAUAGUUUAGUUUGGCUUACCCCUGCACUGUGUACCGCUUUGCUUUAUUAAAUGCAAACAUUUUCGGAAAGUAUUCGUAUCAAUAAAACACUGCCACAAAAUAAACAAGAAGCAAACAAUUUACACUUUUGCACGUAUGAGUAUCUCAAAUAUACCAAAAACUGAUAAAAACCAAACCAAACAAGACACAGAAGCAA